UUAUUUUUUUUUUUUAUUAUUUUUUGUUUUUUAUUAUUCUUCUUCUUCUUUAUUCUUGCAUAAUAUGAGUCCUGCUAAUAACUAUAUGUAUUAUAAUCCCCAUCAUUUCUAUCCUCAAAAUAUAAUUUCUCCUGUAAAUACUACUCCAACUACUACUUCUUCAUCUUCAGUGUCAUCUCUUAAUCGACUUGAACAAAUUCAAGCACAACUUGAACUUGCUCGGAACUUUUAUGAUGAUUUUGAAUUUUGUCCUGUUCAGUGUUCUUCAGAGGUUUUAGAACAUCGAGAUCGUAUUCAUCAACGUCUAUAUUCUCCUCAUACUUCUCCUCGUACUUCUCCUUCAAUGUCACCAAAUAAUAGUCCUACAAAACGACGAGCUAUUCCUAUAAUUAAUCCUUCUAAUAUGACUCCUGUUAUACCUCCUCAGCAACAACCAUCACAGCAGCAUCAAAACUUUAUGUUACGUAAUAAUAGAUAUUCUCAUUCUAACAGUGUCCUUGUUCAAUAAUUUAUUUAUAUACCUUAUAUUCGCAUUCAUUCCUUAUAUUAUAUUUAUAAACAUAUGCUGCAUAUAUCUUUUAUAUAUAUACAUACACAUACACAUAUACAUAUACAUAUACAUGUAUAUAUAUGUAUAUACACAUAUACAAAUUUAUAUAUUUAAAAAUAAU